CGGCGCGACGACUCGGAAGUGGUUCCCGCAGCGCCGGGCCGCGUGGAUUCUUCUGGGGGUGGUUUCGGCUGCCCGCGGAGCCCGCGAUGACCAAAAUAAAGGCCGAUCCGGACGGCCCGGAGGCUCCGGCGGAGGCGAGCGGCGGGGAGCGAACUUAUCAGGAGCUGCUGGUCAAUCUGAACCCCAUCGCGCAGCCCCUGGCUUCCCGCCGCCUCACGCGCAAGCUCUAUAAAUGUAUCAAGAAAGCGGUGAAGCAGAAGCAGAUCCGGCGCGGGGUAAAGGAAGUUCAGAAAUUUGUCAACAAAGGCGAGAAAGGGAUCAUGGUUUUGGCAGGAGACACAUUACCAAUUGAGGUAUACUGCCAUCUCCCGGUUAUGUGUGAGGACCGUAAUUUGCCCUAUGUCUAUAUCCCCUCCAAGACGGACCUAGGUGCCGCUGCAGGCUCCAAGCGCCCCACCUGCGUGAUCAUGGUGAAGCCCCAUGAAGAAUACCAGGAGGCCUACGACGAGUGCCUGGAGGAGGUGCAGGCCCUGCCACCACCCUUGUGAAGGACACAGGCACAACCUCAGCACCUGCUCCCGAAGCUGCUGGGCUGACAGCAGGAGGGCUGCUCACCUUCUCAGCAUCUGCCCAGUCCCGAGGCACAGAUUCUUCCCAGGCAGGUCCAACAGCUGUCCUUGGAGGUAGAGCCAGCAGAGACAAUGCCAGUGCUAUUUCCUGUUGAGGAGCUGUCUUCAAUGCAGACAGUUCCAAGACUGUGGGAUAAGGGAAGUAAAUGCUAAGACUAAAUAAAAUGUGCUGAGCCUG